AUGGCGUUGAGCAGAUUUAUCUUCCUGGCUGUGAGCCUACUGCCGCUAUCGACCCUUGCAGCACCCGCGCUGAGCGUGAGCCAUGACAACAACAGUACUUGUCAAAGGACAAAGGUUGCGAUAAUAGGUGCUGGUGUUGCAGGAAUAACUGCGGCACAAGCACUGUCGAACCAAUCAGUUACCGAUUUCCUAAUCCUGGAGUAUAACAAUGGCAUAGGCGGUCGCAUGCGAAACACCAAGUUUGGCGCUGAUGCCAACGGCAACCCUUAUACUAUCGAAUUGGGCGCCAACUGGAUCUCUGGAUUGGGAGAAACUCUGAACGGCCCUGAGAACCCGGUCUGGACAUUCUCAAAGCAGGUGAACUUGUCAGCUCCAAAUUCGGAUGACUCUUCCAUUGCAACUUAUAACGAAACGGGUGCCGUCGACUUCACCAACAUCAUCGAGGAGUAUGAGGAAUAUUGGGCUGUCUUCGAAAAAAAUGCUGGCAGAAUCCUGAAAGAGAACCUGCAGGAUCGUUCAUUCCGUGCCGGUCUAUGGCAGAGUGGAUGGCGAACUAAAGGGGAUGCUGCGCGUAAGGCUGUCGAUUUCUGGAUGUGGGACUGGGAAACUGCUCAGACACCAGAAGAAUCUAGCUUCGUAUACGGAAUCGUUGGUCACAAUCUAACGUACUAUGGAUUCUCCGAACUCAGCAACUUUUGCACCGAUCAGAGAGGAUUCAACGAAUGGCUGCGUGGUCAAGCAAGAAAAUUCCUCAAACCAAACGAUCCUCGACUAUUACUCAACACAAUCGUCACAAACGUCACUUAUUCUGAUGACGGUGUCACCAUCCUCAACGAAGACGGUUCCUGCAUUGAAGCCGACUAUGCAAUCUCCACCGUGUCACUCGGUGUGCUCCAAAACGACGCCAUCACAUUCGAGCCUGCUUUACCCGAGUGGAAACAGGAUGCCAUCGCCACAUUCAGCAUGGGCACGUAUACAAAGAUGUUCUUCCAAUUCAAUGAAACUUUCUGGCCCACCGACAAGCAAUUUUUCCUCUACGCGGAUCCCACUACGCGAGGCUACUACACCAUCUGGCAGAGUCUCUCCACCGACGGCUUCCUCCCAGGCUCCAACAUCCUCUUCGCCACCCUCGUCGACGAGCAAUCCGCCCGCGUCGAAGCCCAAAACAACGAGACCACAAAAGCAGAAGCAAUGGCCGUCCUCCGCAACAUGUUUCCCGACAUCAACGUCCCCGAACCCACAGCUUUCUACUACCCAAGAUGGGGCCAGGUGCCCUGGAGCUACGGUUCCUACUCUAACUGGCCCGCCGGCACGACACUAGAAAUGCACCAGAACCUGCGCGCGAACGUGGAUAGACUGUAUUUUGCCGGUGAGGCUCAGAGCGCAGAGUACUUUGGCUUUUUGCAUGGUGCGUGGUUUGAAGGACAGGAGGUUGGACAGCGCAUUGCGGGGCAGAUUAGUAAGCAGUGCGUGAAUGUGGAGGGUGGAUGUGGGAAUUAUAUUAAUUAUGAGGUUUUGCAUGGUACGACGGGCUUUGAGGAAGUCAAUGCGUUGAAUGGAUUGGGCGCGGACCCGUUCUUUGUAGCAGAUAGUGGAAGCGAGUACCGGUAA